ACACAGCACAGAGAUCCAACUAUGGCAACUACAACCACUGCCACCAUGACCAACUCUAAGGAGGAGCAUCUGACUCUGAACCACAAUCUCAGAAAGCCUCUGGUGGAAAAAUUACGAAGAGAGCGAAUCAACAGCAGCAUCGAGCAGCUCAACUCUCUCCUGGGUCCAGAGUUCCUCAAACAGCAACCAGAGUCAAAGCUGGAGAAAGCAGACAUCCUGGAGAUGACAGUUUGCUUCCUGACCAAGUUGCUGCAGCAGAACCAGCAACAGAAAAAACAGCUGAACCUGACUUAAAAACCCCAAGGCUAGUUUUGAUGCCAAUGAGGCUGAAGUUUCUCUGAGCUCCUCAGUUCACAGUAAAGAUGAAGAUCCAGAUCCUAAAGUUCUAUGGAGGCCUUGGUAGACGUCUACUGACUCUCCACUAGGCUGACUAAAGCUAAUAGAAGAUCACAUUGGUCAAAUAUUACUGGAUUAGCUUAUUUUAAUGAUGUACGGUAUAUUUAUUGAGCAAUAAUUUAUUGUGUUUUUGUAUGACGUAAAGCUCUUUGAACUGCUGAAAUGUGCUAUACAAAUAAACUUGACUGAUUGAUUCAAUUAGGUUAUUUUA